AGCAGGAAAUACUCCAACCCGUUGGAGGAAUAAAACCAUCUGCAGAAAACCAGUCUGUUUUUGUCGAUUUAAUAAAAAAUGUUAUGGCUAAGCAAAGUAAAUCCAAUGCAGUAAAAAUAAAGUUUAAAGGAGAUAAUAAGAAUCCAAUCGAUUCUCCCAACCAAGAAGAAAAAAUGUCUGUUGAAAAAUUUGAUUUGGUUAAAAAUGAAGAGGCAGAUUUUGAAUAUGAUGACUACAAGCAGGUAACAAAUGGAUACGAAGAUAUUGAAAAAGAUAAUUUGAAUUUUUCACUACAACAAAAACAACGAGCACAAGCAAUAACAACACCAAAAACAACAUCAACUUUAAAAACAACUUUAACGUCAACUUUAUCAUCAACCACUGGAGAAAAUGCAGAGAUGGAUUUCCAAACACAGGAACCAUUUGAAGUUCCUAAACGUAAAAAUUAUAUCAUUACUGUUACUGUACCAGUGUUGUUAGGAUUACUUAGUGUAGCUAUUUUAAUAUAUGUGCUUUUCCGUUCUCCAUGCAAAGUCAUUGACAUAUUGAGUGAUGAGCCAUUUUUGACUUGGGAUGAAUAUUAUGAAUCAGAAAUGCAAAAACAAGGUCUAAUGGUUGAAGGUGGUUAUUGUUUAUGUGAAGAUCGACUUAUGGGUUUAUUAACUGAAGCUGGUAUACAGCUACCCAAGAAAUCGAAUCCCAUGAAAGAAGAAGCGGACAUAGAGCAACAGGACGCGGAGGAAGAUGAAGAUGAAGAGGAGGAGGAGAGUGAAGUUGCAGAACCUAUCAGAAGACCUAAAACCUAA